AUGCCUCCGAAGGCUCAAAAUGACCCGCCCUCCGACAAGGAGCAGCUCACCGAUAAAGAGAAGGACGUAUUGAGCACGGCCUGGCUGUACAUGGAGGGGAAGCCUAAGGUCGACUAUAAGGGCCUCGCGAAGACUCUCAACUACAAGAAUCACAACAGUGUUUCCAACCUUGUCUCCGCUGCGACUAGAAAGCUCAAGGCCCUUCAUCCUGGCGCCGGCGAUGCUUCCCCGCAGCCUUCGCCUAGCAAAACCAACGCUUCUUCCUCCAAGCGUAAGGUUAAGGAUGACGAUGACACCGAGGAUGAGCCAACCACUCCCAAGAAACGCGCGAAGGCAAACGGCAAGAAGGCCAAGGCCGCUGUUGCCCGCGACGAAGAUGGAGAACUCGCCUAUUUCAAGGGAGAGAGCGUCGAUGACGGCACCGUCUAA